AUGUUAGCAUUAGGAGGAGUUUCAGACUUUCCUGCCAUAGUGGUGUGCAUGGCUUAUUCUCGUUGGUGUUGGUUCCCACUGUACGUUGCAGCCGCAAUAGGUCUUGGAAUCAUCGCCAUAUCCUCUGCAAUUCGUUCCUCUGAUUCCAAGAACUCAAUCCAAGAAGGCACACCCAUACCCCAUGAACUCUCUCGCAAUGCUUCCAACGCUCUCCGAAGAGCAGGCUUCUUUCUCAUGGCAGACCUUCUCCACCACUCCCCUUCCUUCUUCAAACCGCCCCAAAACUCAACCAUCUUCGCCAUCAGAGACUCCGCCAUCAGAAACACCUCACACCCUCUCUGGUUCCUCAAAACCCUCCUCCUCUACCACACCACCACCGCCACCUCCACCUUCUCCUUCCACCACCUCCUCAACAUGUCCCAAGGAACCUGCCUCACCACCCUCCUCCGCCACAAAAACAUCUCCCUCACUAAGGUCCACCCCGCAACAAACUCCGUCGAGAUCAACAACGUCCUCAUAUCAAACCCUAACAUCUUCCUCGCCGACCAACUAGCCGUGCAUGGCGUUCUUGCCCCCUUCUCCCCCUUGCACCCGCACGACCUUCUUCAACGGGGUUUGGAUUUCUUCAUUCGACCCCCCUCUUGUUCUUCCAACCACUCCCUCUCCAAGAACGCUGUUCACUGGAACCGCGUCGUUCACUUGCUCCGUGCCAAGGGCUACGCUUCGUUCUCCGUUGCACUGCGUUCGGUUCUUGAAGGGAUUAAGAAAGAUCACUCGGGUAGUUUGGGUUUUGCCACCAUCUUUGCUCCUCCUGAUUUCAUGUUGCUUGGCCCCAACCCUUUGCUUCACAGAGCUGUGAGGCUUCAUAUUCUUCCUCAGAGGUUUCGCUACGAAGAACUCGCUUCUCUGCCGGUUAGGACUCUCUUGAAGACGCUCGUGCCUGAUGAGCUUCUUGAAAUUGACGGGGUUUUGGAUUUCGCGCCUGGCAUGUUCGUUAACGGUGUUGAGAUUGUGGCACCCGACAUGAUCACUUCCGAGAACUUCGUGGUUCAUGGGAUUUCUAAAGCUUUUGAAAUGACUGAAUACUCAUUCUCCGAUGAAAACGAUGAUGUCAGCGAUAGCUUCUUGCAUAAGAGGAAAACUCAAAACAUUUUUACCGCUGAAAAGUCAACCAAAAAGGAGAACGAAUAUUUUCAAGAUACUGGAUCUAGUCCAAAAACCUUGCGCUAUUACAUUCGGGGAUCCAAGUUCAAGUUCGAUGAUGCAGAAAAAGAUAUUGAAGAGAUGAACAGUGAUCAAGGCGUAUUCUCUGAAGAGGGAUAG